AGAAACUCGAUCAACUGAAAAUUCACAUCCCAAUUUUGAAGGGUUUUAUUUUAGGGUUCUUGCAAAACCUUCAUUACCUUCAUCUUCUUCCUCCUACUCAAACUGAAAAUCCAACGUCAUGGAAUGCCUUGGUAGAGCUUACCACCAUAAUCUACCCCACCAUUUCUCCCUCCAAAACCACCUUCCCCCAAAUCCACAAUCUUUAUUCUCCUACACGAUGCCCUAUUCGCCUUCUAUCAAAUCCUCACCACCCUCCAACCCGCCUCCCCCAAUCUCCAAUCCCACCUUUGUCAUCCCCACCAUAGCCAUAGCUGCAUCAGCAUUGUUCUUCGGGCGGCUCAAUCAAAAUCCCCCCAUUAUCACCGCUUCUAUCGAUAAACAAGUGGAGCAAGAAGAAGAAGGCGCCGUCAAGGAGUUGCAAUUGAAGCAGAAACCCAACCAAAUCGAAGCCCUAUACUACUACAAGGUAGAGCAAGGCACGAUCGUCCGAUUGAUCGAUGCGGAUGGAUCAGACGACUAUGAGUUGUUGAAAGCACGGAUUCGUCGUUCGAGCAAGUGGUUGGAAUUUGCGAGAAGAGAGCUGGAAGGGGUGAUAGAGAAAGACCCGAUUCGCGUAACGGAGUAUUCGAAGGUGGUGGAUGAGUUGAUUGAUAUAUUGAGGAUUAUGGAAGUGAAUGUGGAGAAAUGGGAGAAGGAGAGGGAUAAGGGUUAUUUGAGCUUCUGUAAUCGGUUGCUUGCCCGAGUGAGGAAACUGGAGAGCCAAAUUCUUGAUGCUUUGAGGAAUAUGCAGGAGGAUGAAGAGGAAGAUGAUUAGACACCAAGUUUCUCUUUUCUGAUUCUUAGGUGUUAGUUAUGAAACUUAAGCUUUGAAUAAAUGGUUUUCUCUGUAAAUCUACGGCGUUUAAGAAUCAAACGCAUAACAACAGAAACUUAAUUGCUUCAUGCAUAACAACAGAAGAUCAUGGGAACAACUAUGUUUGAUCCAAGGAGGUUUUAAGUUUAUUUUGAGACACAUUAUUACCAUA